UUAUUUAACGCCACUUAAAAAGUAGAGUUUUUCAGGAUAGCCGAAGUGUUAAUUAAUAUCAUUAGAUGGUCUGUACAAAAUUUUAAUUUUGUCUGCACUUAAAUGCUGACGUUGUACUGCGAAAACCGUUUUACGCUUCGCCGCGAACUUUUUAUUUCCGUGCAUUAUUCUUUUUCAGAAAUAAGUAUUACACGAGGAUGAGGAACUAUGUACGAAAAACUGACAGGGAAAAAACAGAAAGAGCAAUUGAUGUUGUUCUUACAGAAGGAAGAGGAAUAACUGAGGUGGAAGAAAUGUUUCAGAUUCCCAGAAGAAGUCUUGCUAGAUACGUAGACAAGAAUAAGAAUGAGCUAUCCUGUAAACAAAAAUAUGGUUAUUCAAAGAUUCGUCAGGUUUUCACACAUGAGGAGGAGGCUAUACUAGUGAAAUAUUUGCAUCGUGCAGCAGAUAUUUAUUUUGGAUUGUCACCACUGGACGUUAGGAAGCUAGCAUUUCAAUUGGCCACCAAAAUGAACAUCAAAAUUCCCUUGUCGUGGACUGCAAAAUGCUUAGCUGGCCCUGACUGGUUUAGCUCAUUUCUUAAGAGACAUAAUACUUUGUCAAUUAGGAAACCCGAGGCUACCUCCUUGGCAAGAACAUCAUCUUUCAACAAACAGAACUGCGACGCCUUUUUUGACAAUUACGAGAAGCCACAUGGAAGAUUGUGUUAUCUGAACAGCCGCCCAACUCUAAAGCUGAUGAGUUCAAGAAAAGCAAGCCAGCAAAGCGGGAAAAAAAAGAAGUCAAGAAAAAAGAAUCAUUUUGCCCAGAAUGCGGAGGGCGUUAUUCGACCACUAAAGAAGAUUGGAUUCGUUGUAGAAUUAAAAAAUGUUGCUUAUGGGCGUGCGAGUCGUGUGUGGAUGACAGAGGAGAAGAUGAAAAUUCAUAAGUGUAUUCAAAGUGCUCUGCAAAGAUGUAAGGCCAACUUGCCCCGACUUCACGGGCAACUUGCCCCACUUACGGGGUAAGUUGCCAGCUGAAAAAAUCCGAAAAAAACUGUUUUUUGGGCAGAAAGUUUUUCUAAAUUAGCAUUUUUUUUGACGCUACAAUUUAGAUAAGAUAACAAAGCAUCAGCUAAGCCAUAAAUGUUAUCAUUACAGGAAAAAUUACAAGU